AUGGUGCUCAUUCAUGAAGUUUUCAAACUCCAUCAAGGCCCAAAAAUCCAAUCAUUCCAAUUAUAUAUGAAUCAUAUGUAUAGGGAAAAGAUGGUUGAUUAUUGGGUCAAUAUCUCUCUUUCAAAAGAGGUUGAGGAGCUGGAGUUGAAUUUCGCUCUAGCGUUUACUCCUUAUACUCUCCCUCCUAACCUCUUAGAUUCUGAAUCCCUGAGAAUCUUGAAGCUCACAAACUGUCACCUUCAUAUUCCAUCACAGCUGACAGGUUUGGGUUUCUUAAACACUAUUAUUCUCAAAAUAGUUAAUGUUACUGAAGAGUUCAUUCAAGAAUUGUUCAAAAACUGUCUAUUUCUUGAGAAUAUGGGCUUGACUCGGUGUCGUGGAAUUACCCAUCUGAAAAUUUUUGCUGGAAAUCUGAAAAGAUUCAAGUGGUUAAAAGUUGAGAAUUGCCAUAAGAUUGUAAAGAUGCAUAUUGAUGCUCCAACCUUAUGCACCAUGUACUAUUCUGGAGACCUUGAAGCAUUCACCAUGGGAAAUUUAUUAAGAUUGAAGGAUGUGACUCUCAAGAUUGAUAAAGAAGGAUUCUUUCCGUUCAUCGGAAUUGAAAAGUUUAUGUUUGCUAUCUCUCAUGUUCAUGUCCUCACCACAACAAGUAAAUUUGUUAAGGGACUGUCUCCCAGGCUUGUUGAUAGAAAUUUGGAAGAAGUACUACCAUUUUGCUUUUGGAACCUGCGGGAGCUUGAAUUGUUUAUGAAUGGAAGUCUUUGUGGUCCAUUUAAUGUUGUCACAUUUCUUAACAAAUGCCAUUGCCUGGAGAAAGUUACUAUCAAUCUGGAAGGACAUUAUUUUUACUUGGGAUUUUAUUGGGAUGCACAUGAAAGCCAAUCGUUGAAAGAGUUGAACAUUAGCUUGAAGAGUCUCGAAUUUGUUAGAAUAAAUGGCUUCAACUUUGAAAAACCUGUAAAAAAGUUGGUCAAGUUCAUCCUGGAGAAAGCUGAACACCUAAAGACUUUAAUCCUGGACACCACCACCAACUCAGGAAGUCAUAUUGUAGCAGCAACGUUAGCCACUUAUGACCAACUGCGCAGAACAAGUUUGAACCAAUUGAGUUUUCGAAUGAAGAAGCAAACUGGGAAUGCAUUAGAUUUAGGGUUUCUAUCUUUUAGAUUGUGGGAUUCUCCGUGGACAAUGUUGCAAUAUGAAUGCAUAGCUAUUUAUGGAUUGAAUUAA